GGGAUUUCGAUUCCGGUCGUUUCUGUCCUUCCCACAUCGAACAUCGCACCAUGGACGUGAGAGUUGGGGUUUUGUUUCUUUUUGUGCUGGCAGCUAGUUGGGCUUGUGAUGCUAGACAACUGACAAACCUUGAUCUGUCAGUUUCAAAGUCAGACCACCAGUUGGAAACUCAAACUUUCCAAGUUGAAGAAGUUGUUGGGAAUGAUAACGUGUGCACAUUGUGUGAGGAGUUUGCUGAGCAAGCACUCGAAUACAUUAGUGAAAACAAGACCCAGGCGGAGAUCAUUGAAUACCUACAUCAGGCUUGCCAUCAGUUGCGCUCAUUCAACCAGCAGUGUGUCACUUUGGUGGACUAUUAUGCUCCUCUCUUCUUCUUAGAGGUUACCUCUCUACAACCUUCUGAGUUCUGUCGGAAGGUCAAUCUCUGUCAGCAAGUAGCUUUGUUUUCUUCACAAUUCAAAGAGGAUAGCUGUGGAUUAUGUCACCGUGCUGUUUCAGAAGUGUUGGUUAAGUUGAAGGAUCCCGACACGCAGCUGGAGAUUAUUGAGUUGCUUCUGAAGGCAUGCAAUUCGGUGGAGAACUAUACCAAAAAGUGCAAGAGGCUCGUUUUCGAGUAUGGCCCCCUCAUUCUUGCCAAUGCAGAGCAAUUCCUCGAAACAACGGACAUAUGCACUGCGCUUCAUGCCUGUAAUUCGAACAAAGCUAGCAUUACGGAGCACAUAUCCAAUCUGUCCACCUCUUAGAAACAAAGAGAUACUGGACCGAUGAAUCCAUUCCGUCGUGGCAACAAAGAUAUAACCUGUGUCCGCCUCUUCCAUUUGUGUAAAAACACUCCCAGGUGUGCCUGCCUGUGCUAUAUUCUAUUUGUGACAGGAGACUCGGCUAAACAUUUAUUGUAAAAUAUGUGCGAUAAAAUUCAACUGCUUUUAUGAAAAUGUUUGAUCCUGAAA